CCCCUUUUCUUCCCCCCCCCUCGCCCGCCGAACAGGAGGAUGUCGCGCUCCGGGCCGCUCCCCGCCGCCCUGUCGCUGCUGCUGGCGACGGCCGCGCUCCUGCCGGGACCCGCCGCGGCGCAGAACGCCGGGUUUGUCAAGUCGCCCAUGUCAGAAACUAGACUCACGGGGGACGCCUUUGAGCUGUACUGUGAUGUGGUUGGGAACCCCACUCCAGAGAUCCAGUGGUGGUAUGCUGAAGUCAACCGGGCCGAGUCUUUCAAACAGCUGUGGGACGGGGCUCGGAAGCGCCGCGUCUCCAUUAACACAGCCUACGGGGCCAAUGGGGUGAGCGUGCUGCGGGUAACGCGCCUCGCCCUGGAAGACUCGGGCACCUACGAGUGCAGGGCCAGCAACGACCCCCGGAGGAAUGACUUGAGGCAAAACCCCUCCAUAACGUGGAUCCGAGCCCAGGCUACUAUAAGCGUCCUGCAGAAGCCCAGGAUCAACGCCAGCGAGGACGUCGUCAUCCACGUCUAUGGCCCGGCCGUCACGUUGCAGUGUAACCUCACCACCAGCCCCAGCCCCCUUUCUGCCAGCUACUGGGUGAAGAAUGGAGAGGAGAUCCCUGGCACUAGAAAAUCUUCCAACACUACAGAAUACAAGAUUCUGAAGCCCAGAGCAGAGGAGUCUGGGGAGUACCUGUGUGUGUUUGUGUUCUCCAACUCUCCCAUAGCCAAUGCCACCAUAGAAGUGAGAGCCACUCCUGACAUCACUGGCCACAAGAGAAGUGAGAACAAGAACGAGGGGCAGGAGGCUCUGAUGUACUGCAAGUCCGUGGGCUUCCCGCACCCCGAGUGGGUCUGGCGCAAGAAGGUCAACGGAGUCUUUGAGGACAUCAACAACUCCUCUGGCAGGUUCUUCAUUGUAAACAAGGACAACUACACCGAGCUCAGCAUCACGAACCUGCAGAUCACCGAGGACCCCGGCGAGUACCAGUGCAACGCCACCAACCAGGUCGGCUCCGUCUCGGUCACCACCAUCCUGCGUGUGCGCAGCCACCUGGCUCCCCUCUGGCCCUUCCUGGGCAUCCUGGCAGAGAUUGUCAUCCUGGUGGUCAUCAUAGUCAUUUAUGAGAAGAGGAAGAGGCCGGAUGAAGUCCCAGACGACGAUGAACCAGCUGGGCCAAUGAAAACCAAUUCUACAAACAAUCACAAAGAUAAAAACUUACGCCAGAGAAACACAAACUAGAAAUGCUCAUCAUAGCUUUAAGUUUCUGAGAGACUGAUGGCAAUAUGACCUGCUAAAUUUAAGGGUUGGAACUCUUGGUUCUAGAACUCCAGUUCUGUCUGAUUAUUCUUCUUCUUACUCUGAUGAUUUGAUUUGAUUUUUUUUUCCUCCUCCUUUUCAAGUGAGCAACGAUAUGACUGUCUAAAGCAUGCCUUAUUUAGCCUCUCCUGUAAGGGUGACCUAGCCAGAUACAUUUUACUAACGCUUCCGUGUAGAAGGUGUAAACUCUUUCGGGCUUUGAUGUGCUGUGAAUGUUGCUUCCUCCUUUUCUUUCGAUUCGGUUUUCUUCCCCUCCCCCCGCGCUCUCUCUCUCUCUCUCUCCCUCUCUCUCUCCCUCUCCCUCCUCGAUCUAUUUAAACAUUAGGAGUAGCGAGUCGCUGGCUUUGCCCGCAUGCGCCGUUUUUUACUUGCCGUAGCUGUUAAGGUUGGCAGAGCUCCCCCAGCGCUCCGCUGCCAUCUCCUGGGACUUGCGUUACAGUGCAGAGGAACUUGCAGAGCCCGAGGGG